AUGGCAGAAGCUCAUCAAGCAGUAGCUUUUCAAUUUACAGUAACUCCAGAUGGGAUUGACCUGCGAAUGAGCCAUGAGGCGCUCAGACAAAUUUACCUCUCUGGUGUCCAUUCAUGGAAGAAAAAGUUCAUCAGAUUCAAGAAUGGAAUCAUCACUGGCGUUUAUCCUGCUAGCCCAUCUAGCUGGCUUAUUGUAGUUGUGGGUGUGAUGUCAACAAUGUAUGCCAAAAUUGAUCCUUCUUUAGGAAUAAUAGCUAAAAUCAACCGAACGCUUGAUACCACGUGUGGCUAUAUGUCAAACCAAACACAGAACAUCGUGAGUGGAAUGCUUUUUGGCACAGGGCUUUGGGUUGCCCUUAUUGUCACAAUGCGCUACUCUCUAAAAAUGCUGCUUUCCUAUCAUGGCUGGAUGUUCGCUGAACAUGGCAAACUUUCUGCAGGCACCAAGUUUUGGAUGGCACUUGUAAAACUCUUCUCAGGACGUAAACCCAUGUUAUACAGUUUCCAGACAUCUCUACCACGAUUGCCAGUUCCAGCUGUUAAAGACACAGUCAAUAGGUAUCUGGAGUCAGUUCGGCCACUUAUGGAUGAUGAAGAGUUCAGAAGAAUGGAGGGUCUUGCCAAAGAUUUUGCAUUUAAUUUGGGACCAAGGCUUCAGUGGUAUUUGAAGCUAAAAUCCUGGUGGGCCACAAACUAUGUUAGUGAUUGGUGGGAAGAAUAUAUCUACCUUAGAGGACGUGGACCAAUUAUGGUUAAUAGUAACUAUUUUGCAAUGGAUUUCCUUUAUUUAUCUCCCACAACCCUGCAGGCAGCUAGAGCUGGUAAUGUUAUCCAUGCUAUCCUGCUCUAUCGGAAAAAACUGGACAGACAAGAAAUCAAGCCAAUUCUUCUGAUGGGAUCUACUGUUCCACUCUGCUCAGCUCAGUGGGAACGGAUGUUUAAUACCUCCCGUAUCCCGGGAGAGGAAUCAGAUACUCUCCAGCAUGUGAAAGACAGCAAACACAUUGUUGUGUAUCAUAAGGGCCGUUACUUCAAAGUGUGGCUGUACCAUGACGGUAGACUAUUGAAACCCCGAGAAAUUGAACAGCAGAUGCAAAGAAUUCUUGAUGAUGAUUCAGAGCCUCAGGCUGGUGAAGAGAAACUAGCAGCUCUUACUGCAGGAGAUAGAGUACCAUGGGCUAAAGCUCGACAGGCUUAUUUCAGUCAUGGAAAAAACAAACAGUCCUUAGAUGCUGUGGAAAAAGCAGCAUUUUUUGUGACACUGGAUGACAUCGAGCAAGGGUACAGGGAAGAAGAUCCAGUGAGGUCACUGGAUGUAUAUGCAAAAUCCUUAAUACAUGGCAGAUGUUAUGACAGGUGGUUUGAUAAAACAUUCACUCUGAUAGUAUUCAAAAAUGGCAGAACGGGUCUGAAUGCAGAGCACUCUUGGGCAGAUGCUCCUAUUGUUGGACACCUGUGGGAGAAUGUAAUGGCAACUGAGUAUCUUGAACUGGGCUAUUCAGAAGAUGGGCAUUGCAAAGGAGAUACCAAUCAAAAUAUUCCUAUUCCUACCAAACUGCAGUGGGAAAUUCCAGAAGAAUGUCAAGAAGUGAUUGAGAGGUCUCUGAGCACUGCUGUAGCUCUGGCAGAUGAUGUGGACUUCCAUUCAUUUUCCUUUGAUGCUUUUGGGAAGGGACUAAUAAAGAAAGCAAAAACCAGCCCUGAUGCCUUUGUGCAACUUGCCCUGCAGCUUGCUCACUAUCGGGACAUGGGAAAAUUUUCUUUAACGUAUGAAGCCUCUAUGACACGCUUGUUCAGAGAAGGCAGGACCGAAACUGUUCGUUCAUGUACUGUUGAAUCAUGUAAUUUUGUUCGAGUCAUGGAAGACCCAACUGAAAGUAAAGAAAAUAAGCUUAAGUUCUUUAGGAUUGCUGCUACCAAACAUCAGCACUUAUAUCGUCUCGCCAUGACUGGUUCUGGCAUUGACCGCCAUCUGUUCUGCCUUUAUGUGGUAUCCAAGUACCUUGCUGUAGAUUCUCCUUUCCUUAAGGAAGUUUUGUCAGAGCCUUGGAGGCUGUCAACGAGUCAGACACCACAGCAACACAUUGAUCUAAAGAAGAACCCUGAGAUGUUAUCCUGUGGUGGAGGAUUUGGACCGGUGGCUGAUGAUGGUUAUGGUGUUUCUUACAUUAUCUUGGGUGAAAAUUCCAUCCAUUUCCAUGUCUCCAGCAAAAUAUCUUGUUCUGAGACGGAUUCUCAUCGUUUUGGAAAAAACAUCCAAAAAGCAGUGGUUGACAUCAUGGGUUUAUUUAACCUUAGUAAGAACUGUACCAAGUGAUUUGCCUUAUUGGUGCCAAGCGAACUCCUGUUGUUGGGAUGAGAACUCUUCUGAAUGGUGACUGAGAGCAAGGUUUGUAGCUGGCGAAGAAACUGAGUCCACAUCUUCAUGAUCACCGAUGAAAACCUUAUCAGUGUAUCGAAUGGGGGUUUUUUUUCAGUAGUUCGGAAGAGUUUAUUUCCACAAAGGAUGCCUUUUGAAAUCUUCUGUGUUUCUAGGGAUGAAGUAUAGUAUCAUUGCAUGAAGUCAUGUGUAUUCUAACUCCUGCAGUUUUCUCUUAAUUUGUAUAGACUUGCUCUUUUUUUACUUAAAAUUAGUCUACUUGUAUUCCAGAAUCAAAGGGAUAAAACACACCGUCUUAAACUCAAAUACUAGAAAAAGUUCAAUUUGCUAUAUAUUAAUAGCAGAAUGUUCUUCAAUGUAUCUGCUGGCUUAUGUCAAUGAAUGACAAAACUUGUGGCUGUUUACCUUCAUUGGUUUUG